GUCCAAGCCCAAAUUCAUUAUCCAUUAAAUUAAGUAAACAACAUUCCAACCCUAGUCUUCAGACCUUCAGUGCUUCAUUGAGUUCAUUCACUGCUCUUCACGCCAUUUCCUCAAUCCUCUUCACUGCUGACUGCUUCACGCCAUUUCCUCUUCUUCCACAAGACCACAACUGCUUGACUGCUUCAGCUCUUCCACAAUCAGCCAGUGAACCAGCGUGGCAGCAUUUCUGUUCCCAUAAGAUGGCGGAUGAAACUAGAUUAAGUUUGGUUGGUUCAACUGAUACCGUACCUAAUACAGAUGAUAGCAAUGACAACUCACUUGACACCGAGCCCCAGGUAACAAAGAAAAGAAAGAAUAUGAAAUCUAGAUCAGAUGUUUGGGAGCACUUUGAUAAGGUCAUUGUAAAUGGUAUUGUUAAAGCAAAGUGUAGACAUUGUAAAAAUCUUUAUGCAGCUAAUACAUCUGUAAAUGGAACAACGGGAUUGAGACAACAUAUAGCUUUAAGGUGCAUACCAUAUAAAGCCAAGAGUAAAACUAGCACUCAGAAAAAGAUAAAUUUUGCAUCUACGGAUGAGCAUGAGCCGCGUUGGGAAUUUGAUCAACAAUUAAUUAGGAGGGCUUUAGUUGAGAUGAUAAUUAUAGAUGAACUACCAUUUAGCUUUGUAGAAAAGGAAGGCUUUAAGAAGUUUAUGCAAGUAGCCCAACCUUUAUUUCAAGUUCCUUCCCGUAGAACAGUAACAAGGGAUUGUUAUGGACGUUACGAUGAAUUGAGACUAGAUUUGAAGAAGUCUUUUAGAGAAGCAAAAGCAAAAAUUUUCCUUACCACUGACACAUGGACAUCGUUGCAAAGAAUUAAUUAUAUGUGUUUGACUGCUCACUUUAUUGAUAGAGAUUGGGUUUUGCAUAAAAAAUAUUGA